CGAGCCAUCCACUGACUGACCUUUGUCUUCUGUCUAAUAUGUGUAGCACAUCCUCACCCACUACGCACCACACCCCUGGGGCUUAUCUCUAUUCUAGACCGCUGGUGUUCAACCCAACCCUCUCUGUCUCUCUCUCUUUCUCUUUCUCUCUCUCUCUGUCUGUCUGUCUCUCUCUCUUUCUCUCUCUCUGUCUGUCUGUCUCUCUCUCUGUCUGUCUCUCUAUUUCUGCAGAGUUUAGAAUUUAGUGCUGUGGGUCUUAGACAUGUUUGAGUGAGUUUCUCCAUCAGCUGUGAUGUGCAGGAGGGGUGCAGGGUACCAGCAGACAUUGGUGUCAUCAGUUUCAUUGUUGGGAUUUGGCUAGUGAUUGAACCAUUUCAUCCAGGGUUUCAGUUUGUUUUAAAGGGCAGGUAAUUGUCUAUCAAUUGAACAGGUCUCUUGAUAAUGUAUCAUAAUGAUUAAUAAUGAUCAUUAUAUGGAUGCAUCAUUUUGGUGAAACUGUUCAGUCUUCAGGCAAAACAACUCUUGAGGAAGAUGUGGAAGGACUGAAGACUUGUAUUCCUCCACAAAGAGUGAAAAGCCCCUUGGAAAUGUGAUCUGAUGAAAUAAACGGGCAGUUCUGAGAUACUGAGGGGAAGGUAUUGGGUUCAUUUGAUUUAGCUGUGUAGGCAGUAUUGAAUGCAGCCAAACCUGCCACACCCAUACACAGUGAUAUCAGGCUUCAUCCUAAGGCGAGGUUGGUUUGCCUGACAAGAACAUCUCACAAAGCAUAUUUGCUCUGUCUUUGCUAAUGCCGGUGUUUCUGUACGACGUUGUCUGCGUCAGAUUUAGAUGGGUUGUGUUUUUGUUUCCAAAUACAGAACUCUUGCAUCAUCCAAAUUAUAUUUUACACUGUGGAGAUUGGGGACAUGACUUAGAGGUGCUUUUGUGUCUUAUUUUGGUCUCUCAUAGCUUCAUUUCAGGCAAUAAUCUUAAUUUUUUUUUCUUCGUUGCCAAUCCUGGAUAACUUGAUGUGUGUAUAUCUUGUGUACACUCACCGGAAAAAAAAAGAACCGCUUUCCAUCAUAUUUUGUCUUUGAUGUUAAGUGAUAAUGGGUUGGCUUUUUUUUUCUUGGUUUUAUUAAAAACAUUAUUAUGAAAGGAUGAUUGUGGUGAAUAGAAGUUUUUUAAUGGUGAAGUAGUGGUAGAACAUCAGCUCUGUAUAAAACACACAAUGAUCUCUCCAGGGAUUUCAUGGCGGUCCCCAUUCAAUCCCGGUGAUUAACCCCAUUUCGUGUCUUGUUUUUAAUUGGCCGAAUGUUGUAAGUAAUGUCAUAAUCAUGGCGCAACCUUUCCAGCUGUCACGUCUUUCUGACAUGUAUCUGUGCAUUUUCAGUGUAGUCUCGGGCCAGGUAUCAACAACAUUCAGGCUAUUUCAGUUACCCAGUUUGAUCUUGUAUACGAUUUGAAAAAUAAAUAAAAUUGGUUCUUUAUAUUUUAUUGACGUUUUGUGUGAUUUUCAGGAUAGGUUUUCGAAAAUGCAAAUAACAAAGGUAACCUAUCAGGGGAUGGUGACGUGAGACUAACAGGUGAAAGCCUUUGAAUACGAUGACGGAAUAUAUAUUCAAAGCCAUGAGGUUGGAUAGAAAUCUCACUGAUACCCUGUCAUCGUAAAUGUUUGGUCCAUAAAGGUAACGUUACGUUAUCGUAUUACAGCAGAGUAGAUUAAAUAGUAUCCAUGUUGUAUUAUGGAUCAACUUUCAAACAAUGACCUGGAUGAAACACACCUUGCUGGUGAGAUAGGAAGUCCUGAUCAAACUGGCGGACCUACCUGCAGCGAGGAAAUUGAAGCUGAAGUAAUUUCAGCGGGGAUCACGGAGGACCAAUGCCUUAACGAGGGAAAAGGAGAACCGAGUUUAUUUGAAAUGUUUGGCGCUGUUGGUAUAGAUGCAGCUCUGAAGUCUGUGGCUAGCUCACCCACAUGGAGUUUGAAAGGAGGGGCAUUCCUCCUUCCCCAGCAUCAGCUGGUCACAGUGUCAGAACCAAAGUCGGAUGAAUCAAGUCAGGAUGGCUCUCCUUCUCCGCACCUGGAGAAUAAGGAGGGACACCGUGGCUUAACAGAAGAACAAAGCGAUGUGGACAAGGCCUUUGAUGAGUACUUUGAAUCAAACGUUUUUCAAAACUUGCCCCUCUAUCAGGAGUACCUACUGAACUCUGUCAAAGCUGGUCUGCAGAGCGUGCUCCAGACUGGUCUGUCUGAUCUGGUGGGUUCCCAGUGUCUCCCUGGUCUGCAGUCCCAGCCUAGCUCCCCCAGGUUUGCUGUGGCCUCUCCAGCUUCUCCUUGUGUCCUCCAAGAUAAGACGGUGUGCUCAUUGUGGCAGGAGCUCCAGGUAGUAAAGGAACGGGGCCUCCUUGAGGUGCUGACUGCCAGGGAGGUCAGGCAACAGGAGACCAUGUUUGAACUGCUGACAUCUGAAGCCUCCUAUCUGAAGAGCCUGUGGGUUGUAGUGAAUCAUUUCCAGGGCUCCAAGGAGCUGCGACGUACACUGUCCUCUGUGGAGCAUCACAUCCUCUUCUCCAACCUCCGCAAUGUCUGUGGGGUUAGUGAGAGAUUUUUGCUUGAUCUGGAGGGCCAUUUCCAAGAGAAUGUUGUGAUGUCACAAGUUGGGGACAUUGUUUUGCGUCACCGACCAGAACUGCGUCAAGUCUACGUGCCUUACGUCACCAACAUGAUGUAUCAAGAGGCACUGAUCACUAAGCUGAUACAGCAGAACCACAGGUUUGUGUUGGUUCUGCACACACUGGAGAAGCAUCCAAAAUGUCAGAGGCAGACCCUGAAGUCCUUCCUGGUCCUCCCCUUCCAGAGAAUCACCAGAAUUAAGCUCAUUCUCCAAACUACCUUGAAGAUGACUGACCCUGACAGCUUAGCUGUUGGGCCUUUGACUGAAGCCAUUUGUGCUCUCCAUGAGAUUGUGAACGAGUGUAAUCGCAAUGUUCUGUGCAUGAAACAGACAGAAGAACUUGUGCACUUGGAGAAACUUGUAGACUUUGGCCAAAUUAAGGCCAUCCCUUUGAUCACACAUGGUCGCUCCCUCAUCCAUGAAGGGCAGCUGAGACAGAUUGAUGUGGAGUCGGUGGUGUCCUCCUCUGAGAUCCACAUUCAUCUUUUCAGUGAUCUGCUUCUCCUCUCUAUACACAAGGACGGCCGAUUCAGUGUUCAAGAGUAUGCCUUGUUCCCUCGUAACGUCCACACCGAGGACCUAAAAACAGAUGUGCUUGGCCUUCCAGCAGAAUCCUUCCUGCUCCACUUGACUCCAGGCCACACUGGGGCAGCCACAGCCAUAAUUCUGGUGGCAAACACACGAGCUGAGAAGGUGUUUUGGGUCAACACUCUCAAUUCACAAAGAGAUGACAAAGCGCAGGUUUCAUGACCGCUGAAGAGUGAUCAUCGACAAGAAGUGCCUUCAGAAUGAUCGUUUUUAAUGGCUUUACUUGAAGUUAUUGUAAGCAAUAUUAACAAAUAAAUAAAAUUGAUUUU